AUGUCUUCUUUCAUUCCCAUGCCAUUCUUGCCACUCCUACGCCAUAUUCUUCUGCCACGUGUACUGAGUAAAGUUUGUCUUCUGCGGCAUGAGGCAUGCGUGGAUUGGCUUGGAGAGAUGCUUGAGCUGCCAAAGUCUUUCCUUUUCUCUGGCAAUGGCGGGGGUGUGCUACAAGGGACUACUUGUGAGGCCGUUUUGUGCACAAUUGUCGCUGCAAGGGAUCAAAUGCUAAGCCAAAUUGGGAAAGAGAACCUCAUAAAGUUGGUGGUUUAUGCUUCUUACCAGACACAUAGUGCAAUCCAAAAAGCAGCACAAAUAGCAGGGAUCCAUCCAAUGAAUUUCAGAGCCAUCAAGACUUCUAAGUCAACAUCAUAUGCACUAUCACCUGACUCACUACGAGCACAAAUUUGCGAAGAUGUAGAAGCGGGCCUAGUCCCAUUGUUUUUAUGUGUCACUGUGGGAACAACUGCAACAGCUGCCAUUGAUCCACUAGAAUCGUUAUGUGCUGUGGCAAAAGAUUAUGGAAUGUGGGUUCAUGUUGAUGCUGCUUAUGCCGGAAGCGCCUGUAUUUGUCUUGAGUUUCGGCACUUCAUCGAUGGUGUUAAGGGUGCAAACUCAUUUAGUCUCAAUGCACACAAAUGGUUCUUAACCUCUUUGAAUUGUUGCUGCCUUUGGGUAAAAGAUCCGAGCGCCUUGAUAAAGUCACUCUCAACCAACCCUGAGUACUUGAGGAGUAAAGCCUCGGAUUCAAAGCAAGUGGUGGACUAUAAAGACUGGCAGAUAACCCUAAGCCGAAGAUUUCGUUCCUUGAAAUUAUGGUUUGUGCUUAGAAGCUAUGGUGUAGCUAAACUUAGGAGCUUCAUGAGAAACCAUGUGAAAAUGGCUAAACUUUUUGAAGGGUUUGUAGCUAUGGAUAAAAGGUUUGAAAUCGUGGUACCUAUAAAUUUUGCCAUGGUUUGUUUCAGGAUUUUGCCAUCGGCACUAAGUGAGACAGUAUACAAAAAUGUUAAGCUUGACAUAGUAAGCGAGGAACUUGCGAAUGAGGCAAACCGCAAAUUGUUGGAGUCCAUUAACAUGUCGGGCUGUGUCUUCAUGACUCAUGCGGUGGUCGAGGGAGUAUACGUGGUACGAUUUGCCGUUGGUGCAACUAUAGUAGAGGAACGACACAUUAUCACGGCUUGGAAAGUGGUGCAGGAGCAUGCAAAUGUCAUACUAAGUACUUAA